AUGUCGGAAUCAAGUUUUAGUUAUGGUGAUAACGGAGCGUUCUCCCCACCGAUGGAUGUUGGGAGCCAACUUCAAAACGGAACUAUACAGAUUACAAGUGGCAACUCGAAUUAUUCGAGUGGGUCGGGUGGGGAUUCGCCUUCAUCAUUGAGUCCAGUGCCGAUGUCAUCCGGCGGACAAUUUGGAGGCAUUGGUGGUAAUUCAAAUUCGUCAACAAGUUCGACACCAACGGCUACAUCAAGUGCUGGAAUGAAUUUAAAUCCUGCAUCUAAAUAUGCUUGCGCUAUUUGCGGUGAUAAGGCAUCAGGCAAGCAUUACGGUGUGCAUAGCUGUGAAGGCUGCAAAGGAUUUUUUAAACGUACUGUUCGAAAGGAUUUAACAUAUACAUGCCGAGAUAAUCGCGAGUGUAUCAUUGAUAAACGACAACGUAAUCGAUGUCAAUAUUGUCGCUAUCAAAAAUGCGUCAAUGUUGGCAUGAAAAAAGAAGCUGUUCAAGAAGAACGACAAAAAUCGGGUAUGAGUGGCGACGGUGAUUCACCAUCGUCACCAAAUGCAAGCCUUAGUAGCAGUACAAAUACGAAUACGGGUUUUGGCUCUUCGAGUUCCCAUUCUGAUGACGAAAUGUUAAUUGAAAAAUUGAUUGCUGCCGAAUUAUCUGUCGAACCGAAAAUAGAAUCAUUUCAUGAAGAAGACUGUUCAUAUGAUCGGCUCUUGUCAACAACCAAUUCUCAACUAGCACAAUUAACUGAUUGGGCCAAACGUGUGCCUCAUUUUUCUACCUUAUCACUUGAUGACCAAGUGGCAUUAGUCAGGGCUUCCUGGAGAGAUAUCCUCUGCUGUUCGCUUGCGUACAGAUCUAUCAUGGCGCCAGAUUGUGGCUUGAUCCUUUCGGAUGGUUCUUACGUUCGACCACAUACAGCUGUCGACCAAUCUCUUCAAUUUUUCAUCACACGCCUUUAUCAUGAUGUUGUCACGAUUAUGCGUGAACUGAACGUCGAUAAAGUCGAAAUAACGUGCAUCAAGGCUAUAUUUCUUUUUGAUCCAGACGCCAAAGAUGUCGUCGACACGGGCCGUGUAUCAGAACUACGCGAAAAAGUGUGUAUGUCUUUAGCAACAUACUGUAAGAAGGUUCAUAGUGAUGAUGUGGCGCGUUUUGCUAAAUUACUUCUUCGAAUGCCACCGAUACGUGGUUGGUGCAUUAAGGGUAUUGAAAAUUUAUUUUUCGCUGGAGCAGCUCGAUCAGCCGAUUCCGAAAUCAUCCACAUGAUCCGCAAUCGCCAACUUUAA